AUGUCUACAACGAUGAUGUCUGUGUUUUCCAAUGCGUCGAUGACAUCCGAUUCUCUAAUUACUGAUGGCGAUACUUUAGAUCUAGUCAAUCCACCAUCAUAUGAUCUCAUUAGUGAGGAAGCAACAGUGAUUAUCAAAUGGAUCAUAGAUGCCAUUGUGUGCCAGGCAAUCGAUCUAUUUGGAAUUGCUACAAAUGUCAUCAACAUCGUCUGUUUUAUCAGACAGGGUUUCCAGGACCCAGUCAAUGUCAGCUUUUUCG